AUAUCGUUAAUAACUACAAACUUUGCGUAAACUGGAUCUGUAACAGACGGGCGUACCGGAACGCGUCCUUUGUUCUGCCCGAAGCCAGUUUCAUCGUGUGUGUUAUAAAAUAUCAGACUAGAUAGAAGACGUUAACCCGUGGAGUUAAAAGUAAAACGUAUGUGUAUAGUGCUUGUAUAGUGUAACAUUGAUAGUAAUUUUUUUAAGUCGAAUAUUUUUCCAACAGGGGAGAUGUCAUCUCCAUACAAACGCCAAACCUCACAAAAUUGUAUUAAAUUGGUGUGACAUUUGUCAACGUACCCUUCCCGUUUAAACAAAACACGUUUAACAUAACACAACAUAUCAAAAACAACCUACGUAAUUUGGCCGGGUUAGUUGUUGUCCACCAUAAACUAUACUAAAUUUACAGUGGGGAACAAAAAAAAAAGUGAAACUGUAACAAGGACAAACCAUAAUAGCGCUUUCUCUGCUACUCUACUCCUACCAAAAGAUACAUAAGACUAUCCCGGUCGGUCAUCUCCACCACCGUUCAUGCUUGAUCCAGUUAUACUAGAUUCAUGUAUAAUAUAAAGGUGGUCCGCCGUACAUCUGUUAAGUUGAAAGAGCUAUGCUGACCGGACCAGGAUCGCGGUCUGGCACGCCCGUCUGUAAAAGCUUUCAUUGCUAACUAACUGUCAAUGUCAACGUAAUUGUCAAUAGUAUUUAUAUGCUAUUGCUAUUUGCUAUGCAUUUGUCACGUUUUGGAUUACGAGCAUUAAACUUGUUUACAGGAUAUUUCUGGAACUAAAAUAGGUAUUGAAUUAUUGUAUUUACCAAUAAAUGUGUAGUUAACCGAUGCACUUCUUAGAUUAAACUUUCGGAACGUGCGAAAGUGUCACAGGUAUAGUAGGUAUACUGUAUACGUGCUUUAGACGCUAAAACAGUAUGUCGCUGGAGGAAAUACGUAUAAAAGAAGAAGACAAAUGCAUAAAAGAGGAGCCUCAGAGUGAUAUUGACCAUGAUCUAAGCACAGCCGGGCUGGACCCUGAAGUGCGUGUAAAGGCAGAUUCUGAAUGUGCCACAGAUAUACCAGAGAGCAAAGAGGAUACAGACGAUGUGAGACGGGAUGAAGUGAAGAAUGAGCUUGACCUGGCAUGUGAACUGUUACGUCAGAUUGAAAUUGCCCACAUUGCACUGGACUCUUUGUCUGAAACACGGAUUAAAGAAGAGACAAAUCCGGAGUUCUCAUGUUGUAUCAAGCAAAUAGUGCAGCAGGAGUGUGUUGUCAAACUGGAGCGUAUUCCUAUUUAUAGUUUGAAGAAAUCUCAACGCUAUUCAUUUGCCAGGUUAACACUUACUCAUACAGAAAAUGACAAGAAAACAAGAAAAAAAUGCAACAAAAACACCCUUCAAGUUGCGAAGAAAGUUUACAUUUGUAAUACAUGCAGCAAACCAUUUGCAUGGAGAGAUACAAUUAUCAAACACUUACUAAAUAAAGUGUGUAACAAAAGUAAGAAAUCAAAUAUUUGUGACAUAUGUCAAAAGAAGUUUCCGUACCCUUCGUCUUUACGUAAUCAUAUGGUAACUCAUUCAGGGGAGAAACUUUUCAAGUGUGAACUGUGUGGAACGAAGUGUGCCACUAAGAAAUCCUUGAAACAUCAUGUGCUUAAUCACAUGAAUGACCGUUCAUUUUCUUGUGAUAUAUGUUUCAGGAAAUUUGACUACGAAAAAUAUUUAAUCAGACAUAAACUUUCUCACUCGGACGAGAAACCUUUUGAAUGUGAAAUUUGUGGAAAGCGAAUGAAAUACAAAAAAAGUUUGGAUGACCAUUUAGAAACGCACGGAAUUUACAGUAAAAAGUUGUUUUCCUGCGACUUUUGUGAAAGUAAGUUUAGUCGAAAGUCACAUUUGGCUAUACAUGAGAGGUCACACACUGGUGAGAAGCCUUUUCCAUGUGAAGUUUGCAAAAAGAGUUUUACUUCAAACUCGGUGUUAACAAGCCAUAAGAGAAUACACACUGGGGAAAAACCUUAUCCCUGCGAUAUGUGCCCAAUGCGGUUCACAACAAGUGGAAGAUUGAGUUUCCAUAAGCAGAAGCAUUUGAAAGCGAAGUAUGAAGGUUCAGUCGGGAGCAAGUAUUACGUGUAGUUAUAAUUUUCUUGCGGUAGUGUCAAAAUCAAAUUUUUACUUUUUCGAUUUUGUAUGUGAUCCCAAAACUCGGGUUAGAAAAUCCACGUAACUUCUUUCCCAACCAUCUGCGGGCUGAGCACGGUCGUAUUUUUAUAGCUUGUCACGUUCCAACAAAUAUGUAAGUGCGAAAGUGACAAGUGAUAAAAUGCAACAAUGCUGCCACCACUGGAACAAGUGGUAGACUUAAAAACUCCUUAAAAUUAACUUAAUUUAUCACAACAUACAGUGACGUCUCAGUGUCUCAAUAUACAGGAUGAUUCAUAAUUUGUGAUCAGGAAUAUGUAUUUCUUACUCAGUAUGUUUCGUAUAAACACUUGUUCGUAAGAAUAUAAAAAAAACUGUAAACAUAUUUUUCAAUAAUUCGUAAUUUUUUUUAACUCACAUUUACAUAUAACUAGGAAACAGGAUUGAAAUCGUUUCGUUUUAAAAUUGAACGAAACACAAAAGCAAUUCUAUUCUAUUUGAUAGAGUUAAACCAAGAUAAGUUGAUAGCGAUUUUGGCAGCCUAGACAGUGGAAAGUGUUAUUUUAAACAUUACUUCUAUGAAAUUAUGACGUUUACUUAACACUUGCACAGGCUGGGCUAUCAAAAUCGCUGCCAACUUAGCUUGGCCUGACUCUAAUGAUUUAAACUUCAUGAAGGUAAUUUAUGGACCGUGGGAACUGGGACGCUAGAGGAUACGAGAAAAGCAAUAAAAUCUUUCAGAAUUUUUCCAACAUAAUUUUAUUCCAGAAGUGUAUUUCUUGUUAAUAGUACAUUACGAUUAGGGCUGCCAUCCGUCCGGGUUUUCCCGGAUUUGUCCUAGUUUGGAGACCGUCCGGGGGAGGGGGGGGGGUCAAGAAGUGUCCCGGGGAAAACCCGGACACUUUUCAUGUAAGGCAGCACAUUAAAACUACAUGUAAAAUUAAAGGUCUUGUUUUUAAAAAUAUUAUUUUCAGACUCGUCCGGGGAAAAAAUGCGAUUUAUACCAAAUGUCCGGGUUUUUUUAUAUUUGUCCGGGUUUGGCGAAAUUCGAGAUGGCAGCCUAAUUACGAUACAAGUGCGAAAAAUAGGAAAUUCGAAACGAGUGGCGAUAAAUUAAAACGCGACCGUAGGGAGUGUUUUAAAUCGACAAGAGUUGCGAAUUACCUAUUCGCACAUGUAUCGUAUAAUGUUUAACAGUACAUAUGGCCCUUUAAAUGUUCGACACAGUAACGUUAUACCUAUGCUAAUUUUCGCACUAGUGCGGUAAAGUAGCACCAUAUGUACUGUAAAUCAUGUUACAUUAUAUGCUCAUCUGCAUAAUAACAACAAAUUUAAAUGUAAGUUUUUUACAUGUAAAAUUGGUGCUGAAUUGUACAAAUAAAUGACACGCAAUUAAUAGUACAAUUUAAUAAUUGUGUUUUGAUAUUUAUUUAUAGAUUUAAGGCAGUGUUCCCUUACACUUAUCACAUAACUCAGGUGGUUACAGACACUCUUAUAGACUGAUCAUUUGGGUUGAUAUUAUACAAUACUUUCACUGAAAUAAAUUGUUGAACAAUUAGUCAAAACAGUCGAUUUAAGUCUACUAAUCUAGGAGCUUAUAAAACAUCUACAUUGCAGCAUUGACAUAUGUCUAAGCACGGGCCUUACGGGCAAUAAGAAUGGGGCCAGUACAGCGGUGUUAUGCACACGAAUUCGAGCCAAUCGUGCACGUUAUAGAACGCCACAACGCGAUUGGUUGAUGAGUUCGCAUCAGGCGCGCGAUUGGUCGCAACAAGUUGCGUUAGACUGCACGAUUGGCUCGACUUCGUGAGUGACACCGCUGAACUAGCACCAUUCUUACUGCCCGUAAGGCACGUUCUUAGAUAUAUGUCAAUGCUUCUACGGAUACAUUUGAUUGAAACUCAUUUCAAUAUUUCAAAUUGUUCACUUUAAUUUCACUCAUUUGUAAUUAAAUUAUAAACUAA